CAAAUAUAUAACAGGUAGGUUUUCACUCUCACACCUCCCUCUUUGUUAAGCCCUAGAAAACCCUAACUCUCGGAGAGUCGGAGGCGCCUCUGCUUAGCUUGCUCAUCUCUUUCGCAGCGACAAUGGUGAGAGUUAGCGUGCUGAAUGAUGCUCUCAAGAGCAUGUACAAUGCAGAGAAACGUGGUAAGCGUCAGGUGAUGAUCAGGCCGUCAUCCAAAGUGAUCAUCAAGUUCCUUAUUGUCAUGCAAAAGCAUGGAUACAUUGGAGAGUUCGAGUAUGUUGACGACCACAGGUCUGGUAAAAUUGUGGUCGAACUGAAUGGAAGGCUUAACAAGUGUGGGGUCAUUAGUCCUCGUUUUGAUGUUGGUGUUAAGGAGAUUGAAGGUUGGACUGCCAGGUUGCUUCCUUCAAGACAGUUUGGAUAUAUCGUGCUCACCACUUCUGCUGGCAUCAUGGACCAUGAAGAGGCUAGAAGAAAGAAUGUCGGUGGGAAAGUUCUUGGUUUCUUUUAUUAGGCCAGCUUUCUAUCAAGAAUGAGACCAGGUUUUUCUGCUGCUGAGGACUUUGUGGGUGUGCUGAUGCAGAACAUCAUAGACUUUUGUGUUUGUUUUGGAUGCUUAUAGAGAUUUAUUUAAUGGGAUUUGUUACUCCAUCUAUGGGAUAUUAAUGUUUGUUUGUCCACACUGUCUUGUGGUUCCCGGUCUUAAAUUAUCGAAUGAAAUGAAGAAAUUUUGACUCA